CACGGCGGAGGAAGAGGAGGUCAAGUGUUCUGCUAAAGUUAGAAAACCCCGAGGCUCUCUCUCUUCGGUAACACACACGCCAACCGAGGCACCACGUAGUUACCUAGUUUACGCUUUUGUAAUUACUGUUUCAGUUCAGCUAUAAAAGUCGGGGCGUUGAAGUAUUUGUUAGUUAAUCCGUAGCGUGAUAGUGAUAGAUGGCAUUAAACCAUAGCUAAUGCUAAUGCUACACGCGUGCUCGCACACGGGAUGACAGCGUCACCACCUUUGUAAAACGUGACAUUUACUGACAGAAUCUGGGAUUCACUUUCAUUACUGUAAGUAGCAUAUCUGCAGAGCAUGAGCUUUGGAUUAAAGGGCACUAGGUAACAUUGCUGCUGCACUAACUCCCUCUGUAUCAGUCCCAGUCUCGGGGACCUUGUGUCACGGUCACAGCUGUCAUGUUUCACUCCGUGUCUCGUCGCCCUAUCUGCGACACAAUGAAGCUUCAGAACAGUAGGUCAUUCAGACGAGCAGUGGAGGAGGGCAAAGGGAAGCUGGGCAGGAGCAUGGGCCUGGUGUGGUCCUGGUUCCAGAGGGCAGGGGUCGGUGCCAACGAGGCCACAGGUCACAAGAGGAAGGGACUGCUCUCCAUAUUUGCCGAUCAUUGUAGCUUUGUGACCGGUCAGAGACUCCGGCGUGCCUGCCAGAUAGGCGAGCUUUAUUCCAACCUGUACUCUGAGCGAACCAGGCAGACCUUGGCUGGCAGCAUAUGGCGCAGAUUUCAGAGCAAGCACGCCCCUGCUGGGAAACUGGUGGCGGCCCUGGUGGGAGUCUUCAUGUGGGAGAACGAGAAGAUUCAAGAUGAGGAAAUCAGCAGGUGUGGUCAUGAGCUACAGGCUGUCGGCGGUGUAAAACGUCUGUGCACAUCUUCAGGGACUGUGAGUGCUCAACAGGAACUUGGCUGGGAGAUUGUGGUGGAGAAAAAGGAUUUCAAAGUGUGGAAGCGACCUAUUCCCGACAGUCAUCUCUAUGAAUACAGAGUUUUGGGUUCCUACAAUGACGUCACACCUCGACAGUUCUUCAAUGUGCAGUUGGACACAGAAUACAGGAAAAAGUGGGAUGCCUUGGUUAUCAAGCUUGAGGUGGUAGACAGAGACGCCAACACGGGCUCUGAAGUCGUUCACUGGGCGACCCACUUUCCUUAUCCUAUGUAUUCGAGGGAUUAUGUGUAUGUGCGCCGCUAUGAGGUUGAUGUUAACAACAACCUAAUGAUCUUGGUAUCGAGAGCUGUGCAGCAUCCUAGAGUCCCAGAGACUCAAGAUUUUGUGAGAGUCCACUCGUACCAGUCAAGGAUGGUUAUUCGCCCUCACAAAACCUUUGAUGAGAAUGGAUUUGAUUACUUGCUGACCUACAGCGAUGACCCACAGACUGUCUUUCCCCGUUACUGUGUGAGCUGGAUGGUGUCAAGUGGUAUGCCAGAUUUUCUUGAGAAGCUGCAUACUGCUGCUUUGCGAGCCAAGAACUUGGAAGUGGGGAUUCAUGACUACACAGGUGUCAUUAAAUCUAGUGAUGCCAACCGCCAGCCGUCCCAGGAGCGCCUCAGUGGAGAAAACACGCACACUGGUGGUCCCGGGCAGAUCUAUGCUUGAGAUGGAUAAUUCAUUGACCGGAAGUUCAGUUUGUGUUUCUUCACUUGAACUGAAGCCCAAAUCAAACCCUCCAACCCUACUUUUAGGGGUACUUUAUACGUGAGAAUUGAGUUAACAACCUACGUUAAAGACAUGUCCAUCUGUAGAUGUGGGAAUGCUUUGUAUAGAUGAGAUGUGUCCAGAACAGUGAACUACAUUGGUGACUGAUGUGCUGUCUUUGUGGAGAUGAUGCUCCAGUGGCUGUGGCGAAACCUUUUGUUUGGCCAACCAACGCUGUGUGACAUUUUGCACUCUUCAAUAACAUCUGUCCUACAACCAUUAUUAAGAUCGAGCCAAAUUUUCUAUUUCGCAAGCAUGCGUUUGCCAAAGCACCAUCUUAUUUUAGGAUUCUGUGGCUUGUCAUGUUUGACAAGGCUCGACUUUAAGCUCUCUUCAGUCUGCCAGCAUCUACAUUACUGUACAAGUAGGGACUUCAGUGCCACUGUCCUCCGGCGGAUGGCAUCACUGAAACGUAAAGCCUUGGCCAAAUGUAUUCACCUACAAAUGAACUGUGGCCUCUGUGGAAAACACCUUUUUUACCUGGUUCCUUCAUUUCAUGGGUUUAAAGCAUGUAACCCCCCCCUUGUGACUGGAUGGAAAAAAAGAACACUUUUACAAAUAAAAUGACAGUUGCUCUAAGAGAACAGAUCUAGGACUUUUUUCAGUACUUUAGAUGGCAUGGGUUUGCGCUGAUCACAGCUUUGCCCACCUCACAGCGUCUGAGCGUUUAAAGCUGCCGGCCUUCUGAAGAUAAACCAGUCCUUUAGUAUUAGGGGCGUAGUGUCUUAUAAUAACCAUAUAAAUCCUCACACAUAAUGGUACUAAUGGGCGUCUAGCUAGGCAAUGGUAUAAAGAGACUAAUACCAGUGUGCUUGGACUAAUGCCGAAUACAGGUGCCACGUCACAACCCACAUUUCAUUUGAGUGGACACUGGUCACGUUUCAGCUUUAAGUAAUUUUCCUCUUCUAUUCAUCACUGUGGUGUAUACUGUUGGGAAUUUAGGUGUUGGUAUUUUCUAUUGCUGUAAAUUCUGUACAUUGGUCAAACCUUACCAUAGGAGCUGGAAGACCGUGUGUUUUUCUGUGUGCAACAAGCUCUAACAUUUUCCUCCUGAGAUUCAAUCUUACCAUAUUUGUUCAUGCAAGUCCUAUUGAAAUAUCAUAGUAUUCAUCUACAUCACUUGAUGUUUUUGUAGUGAACUGUAUGCAGGGGUGUAAUGAAUGUAUAAAAAGCACCACAUGUUGUGGAAUAAAACAUUGCCUAAAUAAAUACACAGUUUACAGCCUGUCAGGACCGGCACAAAAAUCCUACCAAUCUGAGUUUUUUUUUUUUUUUUUUAAAAGACCAUCUGAUAAUUUGUGUCACCAGAACAUCUAAGUGGCUAUUUCAAAGUCUUUGUGGAUUUCUGUGUUUUCGUGAGCAUUAUUGCAUCUCUGCUGCAUCAGAUCUUUAAUUAUACCCUGUUGUGACUUAUGUCCUUUUCAAUAAGAAUUGCAGUGUGUGAUGAAAUACUUUAGAUGUAGGAAAUUAAAUGCUUGUUUCAGAUAUCUCAUUGGUCCAAUAAAACAAACUGUCAAGUCAGAUUAACCUUAUUAAUUAUGCCACAUUUGACAUUGUUUAAGCUUAUGUGUGAAUGUUACAUUUUAAUGUUUGUAGACAUGUAUGUGCCAUCUGCAGUAGUGAAUCUUUGAACUUUUCUUUUUUCUUCUGUUCAUCCAGACAAUGUCUGUUCUAAUUAGCCUCAUAUGAGUUGAUGCACUUGUAACCCGGAUGAAUGCAAAAGAAAAAAAGUAACCGUAACGAGAUCAAAUAAACAUAUUUGUGUGCA